AUGUUCAGCAGCAGUGUAAAUUUAGGUGGAUUAGUUAGGAAAGUACCUUGGAGGCUGUCUUCUACUCGUAAAUUCAGAGUCAGAGAGAGACUGAGAGACGUCGACCAGAAUAUCCAAGCAAUAAAGGACUCUGGUGUUCAAUUCAAGCGUCUGGAUGUAGCCAGUGCACUUCCAAGUGAAUCUGCUAUGCCUCCACGUGACAAGUACUUCACUUUCAACAAAAACAGCCCAACAUACCGUAAGGGUGUCCACAAGGUUCCUAAGUGGACAAAGAUCACACAACGCACCAACCCAGCCGGAUUCUAG